ACGCAAACUUCACACGGAAAGAAAGAAAGAAAGAGAAAACGAGAGUUUAAAUGGUUAGUUGAAGGAAAUACUCUCUCGCUUUUGUCCCCCUUUGUUUUCGGAUUUUGAUCCAAUGGCUGACAACCAAGAGCAACCGCCCACGCCGCCGUCCGGACCAUCGCAACCGUCGAAGCCCGCAGCGACUCAUCAUCCUCCCCGCCCCACGAUCACUCUCCCGCAGCGCACCUCUUUCGAAUCAAUCUUCAGCUCCGCCGGCGGCGGGAAUACUGGGCCCGGUCUGGGCCUGGGGUUCAGCCCCGGACCCAUGACUCUCGUCUCCAACUUCUUCUCCGACGGCGGCGACGACUGCAAGUCCUUCUCCCAGCUGCUCGCCGGAGCCAUGACGUCUCCGUCGCCGAGGGCGCUGGGGUUCCCGCAGCUCGAGGAGCGAAAUUCCGGCGACGGCGAUGGAAGUUCGGAUUUCCGGUUCAAGCAGAACAGACCGCCGCCUAUGUUUUCGGUCCCGACGCCGUCCGGGUUUCUCGACUCGCCGGGAAUCUUCUCACCCGGUCAGGGACCCUUUGGAAUGACACACCAGCAGGCACUAGCACAGGUCACGGCUCAGGCUGCUGCACUCUCCCCAUCCUUUUUCAAUUUCUCAACUGAGCAUUCAACAUCUUUCUCAACAGCACCCGCCACAGUGUUGACACAGCCUCCAUCCUUUACUUCCGAUACAACACCACCACAAGAGAUACCGUCUGGAACACCUGACUUUGCCGUUGCGACAAAAGAAUCAUCUGACAUUUCCCUUUCAGAUCAGAGAUCCCAACUGUCUUCAUUUACUGUCGAUAAGCCUAAUGAUGAUGGUUACAAUUGGCGGAAGUAUGGACAGAAGCAGGUGAAAGGUAGUGAAUUUCCUCGAAGUUAUUACAAGUGCACCCAUCCAAAUUGUCCAGUAAAGAAGAAGGUUGAACGCUCGAUUGAAGGACAAAUAACUGAAAUUAUUUACAGGGGCGAGCAUAAUCAUGAACGUCAUCAGUCCAAGCGUCCCCUCAAUGGAAAUAGUCAGGCAAAUUCCGACUUAGCUUCCCAAGUUCAUGGUGGGAAUUUGAACAAACCAAAAGAAGGGACAGGUCCUUAUUCAAUGUCUAAGAAGCGUCAGGAAUCCAGCCAAGCAACACAUGAUAAUUUAUCUGGGACAAGUGACAGUGAGGAAGUAGAAGAUGCGGAAACCAGAGUUGAUGAGAAAGAUGAAGAUCAACCUGACCCCAAGAGAAGAAACACCGAGGUCAGGUCAGAAGCAGCGGCAGCUUCUACACAUCGGACUGUUACAGAGCCUAGAAUCAUAGUACAGACAACCAGUGAAGUCGACCUCUUAGACGAUGGUUACAGGUGGCGAAAGUAUGGGCAAAAAGUCGUCAAAGGCAAUCCUUAUCCACGGAGCUAUUACAAAUGCACGUUCCCUGCAUGUAACGUCCGUAAGCACGUAGAGAGAGCCUCAACAGAUCCUAAGGCUGUCAUAACAACAUAUGAGGGCAAGCAUAAUCAUGAUGUACCAGCUUCUAAAACCAGCAGCCACUACACAGGCAACAACAAUGCAUCGAUUUUAAGAUCAACGAAUCCAGGAAAUGGGAAGGUUAACCAGAUGGAUCUUAGAAACAGGGACCAGCAGCCUAUAGCAAGUUUACGUUUAAAAGGAGAACAAAUAACAUAGUUUGGGUUGUACCGAAAAAACAAAACCCCCAUAGUUUCUGUGAGUUUCAUCAAUCAGGAAAGAAAGCAGGAGCCGGAGAACUUGAAAUUUCCACGAAGCAGGCAAAAUUUGUAAGUUAUCGUUGCCCGAAUCUGCUGCUCACUACAGGCUGUAGAUUUGAUCAAGGCCCUGUUACCCAAUUGCUAAUGUACAAAGGAAAGAGGUAAUUAUGGAAGGAAGAAGUCGGGUCAAAUUUUUUUGUUGCAUGUAAACUAGUUAACAAGCAUACUGUGUUGAAAUUUACAACUUCUGUGCAUUCUUUUGUAUAUGUAAACAGUGAUGUAGGCUUAUAUGAUUAUUUACGCUUGCGUUUGGUAAUGUUGUAUCGAUGUUUGAACUGAAACUCCAAGAAAAUUACUUCUACUUUCCGGUUGCCUA